AUGUCGGACACAACUGGCACGAUUGUGGCCGUCGACUUUGCACCGUCUACGAAAUUGCCAGACGGAAGCAGCGUCCCGACUGAACUCCUCCUGCAGCAUCAACCGCGCGCCAUUUAUGUCAAGCUCGACGACGUGAACUUGGAAUUUUUGCCACCCAGCGUCUGUGCGGCUCAUGCACUUGCCGGCUUUUCCGAGACGUCUGACAUGUGUAAAUGUCAUGCUGGACUUGUCAAGCUCACGCCACACACAGUUUGCUGGCGCUUCGUUUCGAGUGAUGGGUUUGCGGUGAAUGUGCAGCGCACAGGGUUCCCCAUUCAGCCGGAAAAGGCUUGUAGUUUGUAUGCGUUGCAAGGCACAACCACAGAUCCAGGUCUGAUUACACAUUUUGAUGUUCCCAAACGAGCAGGAGCAGAUAUCCGAUUUCUCAUUGUUUAUGUCUUGCUCUCCAGAGUACGGAACUUGAAGAGCUUGCUUUCCGUGAACCUGUCCGACUCUAUCCGCGAGGUCAUCGAGUCGGGGCCACCAGAUGGUCUCGUCGGAGAGUUUGAGCGCAUCUUCGCAGACAAGCUUGCGGCGACCAGCCGAAAAGCCGAAACAGCCCGGCAGGCUUUAGGCUGGAACUAA